AUGACGACGUGGAUUGAAACAUUUGCUCGUGCUGUCGAGAACGGUGCCACAAUUUAUCGACUUUUGGGCGCGUGCAGAGUGUUCAUGCGCGAUCAAAGAGGCAUCGACAAGCUCUUGUCCGCUGAGUCACUUGACAGCUUUAUGAAGCUUGCAGAAGAUGGGUCAUGGAGCUCUCCUCUGCGGGAGGAGGCUCUUAAAUGCAUGAUCAAUUCCGUGUACUCUCGCCCAGAAUUUGUUUCAGAAACUCUUAUUGUUAAGGGACUAGGGCGUCUGCUACUGGAGAUUCUACAGUUUAAGCAUCCGAAUGUAUCUCCGCUAACUGACAACCUUCUCGACCUGAAGAACAAGGUGAUUGAGGUACUCAUGCUCCUUCCGGAAAGUCUUUUGGCAGCAUUUAUCCAGCAGCAACAACAGGAAAGUGUUGGUCUCAACGACAGAUCACUUGUACCAGUGCUGGACCAUCUCCACUCGAUGUUGCUGGUAGUGCGAGUCGAGAAAACCAGACCACUCAAGGAGAUGCUGCCGACACUCAUCGUAUGCCACAAGCCUGGUUAA